UAUAUAAAGGGACCAUGUAAAUGUUCGGAUGCUUCAAUUGCCAAAACUUCAUGCAAGCUAUCGAUUGAAAAAGCAGAGGUCAGAAUAUCUAACGACCAUAUCAGAAUUCGUGGAAAGAUGGAUGUAGGUAAUGAAAGUUGUAAGCCUACUACUUCCAGCAACCACAACGAUGUCUCUACAACCCUUAAGAUCAAAGCAAAGAAGAAUUAUUCCUUGGAAGAUGCCAAGGGUGCACAUCAUUCUGGAAAUGAUUGCACUGUUACCGCUUCCUGGUACAAUAAACCUGAUAGCUACGGCUCCAAUGGAAACUCGCAAAUAUAUGUUCCUGUUCGCUACAUUAAGUCAAUUUCUUGCAAUAAUAUAUCAGCAGCCAAAAAAACUACUAAGAAGAAGACAACUUCAAAAAAGAAGACCACUACAAAGAAGAAAACCACAACUAAGAAGAGCAACUCGUCAACUUCUGGGGCCAAAGAACAUUAUAGCGGUGAAGCCACUUUCUUCACUCCCAACCAGGGCGCUUGUGGCGAUUGGAAUGACAACGAUGAUUUAAUUGCUGCUCUCAGUGGCAAACUCUACGGUUCUUAUAGCAAGAAGAGUUCUUACUGUGGCAGAAAGGUCAAGGUUGUUAACAAAGACAAUGGGAAGAGCGUUACAGUUACUGUCAAAGACGCCUGCGAAAGUUGUGCCAAAACCCAUAUCGAUCUCUCCCCCGCUGCUUUCGGUAAAAUUGGUGCCUAUGACAAAGGCAUUCUUAAAGUCGAUUGGUAUGUUUACUAAAUUGUCUGAUAUACCUUUUUGCAUCCACUGUUAUUGCCAUCUUUCCAUAGUGUUUCCAUCGCAGGAAAUACACUUUCAUUCCUUUCCCCCUCUAUUGUAAAAUGAUAAAUCUCAUGAGUUGAUCUCAUAACCUCUUUCCACGCUGCACAUUGUAAUUUAAUUAAACAUUUCAUUCAUCACUUGUCAAUAACUCGAUUGCCGUGGAAUUGAUUAAUCAGUUUGUUUGCAGUAAAAUGUUCGCUGGUAAGUCUUGUUAAACAAGCAAUAUCUUUAUCGUGUGCAAUUCUUAUCAGCAUUUUGCGA